AUGGAUGACUCUCUACGCAGACUUGUAGACCUGGAGGUUCUAGUGUUGGCUGGCAACUGUCUGUUAUCCUGCGCAGGAGUCAGCCUCCCACGCAGACUGAUGGUUCUGGAGCUCUGUAGCAACAGACUGGCUGACAUAACCUCACUGGCAGACGAUUCUCCUCCUCUUCUCUACCUCGGCUUGGCUAGAAACAGACUGACCAGUGGUGUACUGGAACCUCUGGGAAAGUUUGAGUUCCUGUACCACUUGGACUUGGCACAAAACAAUAUAGAGGACAUGACUCAGUUGGUUGUUGCUUGUUCACAUUUGAAGAAUCUUUCCUCUCUCGUGCUCAUUGGGAACCCUUGCUCUAUGUCACCAAACUAUUCAACAUAUAUUAUGAAGAAUAUACCAAAGUUAAUCUUUUUGGAUGGGGAAUUGUUAAAGGAUCAUAAACCAAAUGACGGAAAUGAAAGUGAUUUAGAACACGAUGGUACAUUACAAAUAUACUUGUUUCGUCUCAUGGGCGUACCACAACCACAUAAUAAAAAAAUCAAUAAUAAGAAAGUGACACAUUCCUUCAGACUUGAAUUUGAGCUACCCAUUUUACAACAAUAUAUAAUAAAUAGAGAGACAAGCUUUCUCAUUGAUGAAUCACAGUUAGAACAUGAAGAAAUUAUAGAACCAGAUCAAAAGAAUUACAAAACAAAAAAUAACAAGAAAGAAAAAGGAAAAUUAACUGAAAUUGAAGAAAAAUCAACAAAAGGAAAGAGUAAGAAAUUAAAGAAUCAUAACAAGGAAGAAAUAAAUAAAACCUCAAAAAAUUCAAAAUCUGAUGCCGGUAAUCAAUUAAGCAGUGUGAAAAGUAAGAAGGGGAAAAAAUCACUCGGAGUAGUGAAAAAUUCAAAAAAUCCUGAAACUAAAACAACAAAUGAGAGUGAGGAAAUUGUGAAGUAUAAAUUACAAUUGACAUUGGACCAGGGUAUUCAAGAAUGCUUCAAAUCACAAAGGAAAAGCUGGGGUAAAAUUAUAGAAUUUGAAAGUCCAGCUAUAGAGGUGUCUAAUUGUGAUUUGUGGUCAUUGAGGGACGUUUUUAGAAGUGUUCUUACACUGAGAGUGGUACAUUUAAUGACUUCAACUCCUGUAUCAAAGGGAAAAUCUAAACAAAAACGAGGAAAAGAUGAUUCUUUAAAAAGAAAUGGUGUUUCUGAAGGGGAUCUUAAUAAAGAAGUAUUGAUCUCCAAGUCAACUUUAGCUCUAUUCAGAAUACCUUUACAAGAUAUUAUGUGGAAUAAAAAGUAUUUGGAAUACAUUUGGACACUAAAUAAACCAUUUGAUGUUGAACCUGCCAAUGAUUUAGAGAAUCUCCAGUAUGCUGUCAAAAAGAAGAAAGAAUCAAAAACAAGAAAAGGAGAAGACAAGUCAAGAGAUGUUCAGUUAAUUAUCCCCUCUGCUAUGACAUGUCACAUUGGUAUUGGGAUCAAACGGAAUACUUACCAAGAAAGCUAGAAAGUACAAAGAAAUUCAUGGAAAAAUUGAAAAAUACAAAUAAAAAGUGUCAACUUCAAUAAUUUCUGUGGGAAACAUUAAUAUUGGAUGGAUAAAACAUAUAAACUUUUAUUUGGUUUAAGUAACAAAUUUUGUAACAUCCUUUUGAAUUAAAGGAUGGUAUUCAAUU